ACACGUGUUGUGAACUGCAUGCGACCUUUUUCGAGUAUGUCUGCUGAAAAAGGCUACGAGCUGCUCUCUGAGUGCACUGUGGCAGGUGUACCGGUGCAGAAACUGCGCUCCACGCGAACUGGCAUCGUUGUGUGCCUGGCAUAUGUGGAGGGACCGCUAGUCAACGGAUAUUUCUGCCUAGCAACGGAGGCUCACGAUGAUGAUGGACUCCCCCACACACUUGAGCACCUCGUCUUCAUGGGCAGUGAGAAAUACCCAUACAAGGGUGUGUUGGACCUGGUGGCCAACCGCUGCUUGGCCCAGGGAACCAAUGCCUGGACCGACGUGGACCACACCUGCUACACCAUCACUACCGCUGGCAGCGAGGGGUUUCUCAACCUCCUUCCCAUCUACCUCGACCAUGUCCUCUACCCCACUCUCACUGACGCGGCGUACCUGACAGAGGUCCACCACGUGAACGGAGAGGGAGAGGAUGCGGGUGUGGUCUACUGCGAGAUGCAGGGGAGGGAGAACACGGCGGAGGAGCUGUCCGCCUUCCUCCUGGCCCGCCACAUGUACCCCGGUCACUGCGGGUACAGGUCCAACACCGGAGGGAAGAUGAGCAACUUGAGGGAGACCUGCUCCAAUGAGAAGGUGAGAGCCUACCACAGCCAGUUCUACAGACCCGACAACCUGUGUCUGAUUGUCGCCGGGCAAGUGGACGUGGACCAACUCUUCUCCGCUCUUAAACCUUUCGAAGACAACAUUGUCAGUAAGGGACCUCUCCCCCCUCACCAGCGACCAUGGCAGUCUGCCAUUGACCCCCUGACCUCCAGCAUCAGCGAGGAGCUGGUGUUUCCUACUGACGAGGAAGACGACGGAAUGGCCAGGAUCUCCUGGAGAGGACCUCCAGCCAGAGAUCGCUACAUGUUCACUGCAGUGACCAUGUUGCUCCGUUACCUUAGCGACGGUCCCGUGGCCCCACUCCAGUCCAGACUGGUGGAGGUCCCGGAGCCGUUCUGUUCCGAGAUAUCGGACUCCGUCUACGAGAACUACGUGUCCUGCAUUGGCUUCACCUUCUCCGGAGUUCCAACCCAGCAGCUGGGCCUCCUGGAAAGCAAGGCUCUUGAGGUGCUGUCAGACUUGGUCUCUGGUCAAGAGGAGGUGGACAUGGAGAGAAUGACCAACCUCAUCAAGAGACAGCUGCUCACCAUCCUUGAUCACGUCGAGUCUUCUCCCCACCACUACUUCGCCUUUGCUCUGAUCGGAGACUUUCUCUUCUCGCAGUCACCAACCGAGCUAUCCUCGUACCUCGACCAGCUGCAGUUCCACCAGCGACUCCUCUCGGAGCCACGCCCCUUCUGGGUGGAGCUUAUCCGAACCUACUUCAUCUCCGCUCCUCAUAUUUGUGUGUUGGCUCGCCCCAGUCAGGAGAAGGCAGAGACAAUGGCAGAGGAGGAGAACGAGAGAGUGAGAUUCCAGCGAGCGACCCUCGGGGAACAAGCCCUUGCCGAGAGAGGGCGGCAGCUGGCCGAGGCCAUGGAACGGAACGAGGACCCCUGCCCUAACGAUGUCAUCAGUUGCGUUCCCAUUCCGGGCACGGAGAACAUUUUCUUCCACCCGAUCGUGUCGGUGGGAAAUCACCAGUCGCGGGAGGAGCUGGUCGGAGUGAGGGAAUGCGAGGUGUUCCCCGUUCAUAGCUUCCCUUUCUUCUUCCACCUCAACCACAUCCACUCCAACUUCGUGGAGUUGACAGCCAUACUCAACACGGAGACCCUGGACUCCUCACUACAUCACUACCUCCCUCUCUACCUCGACAUGAUGUUCGAGUCUUCCAUCUCCCAAAAUGGAGAGGAGGUGCCCUAUGAGGUGGUGGUGAAGGAGUUGGAGAGGGACACAGUCGGCUCAUCUGCCAGUCUGGGGUUCAGAGGGAGGCGAUUCAAAUGUGGGCACUUCCCUUCUGCCGUCUUUGUGACUAUCAAGGUAGAGAGGGAGAAGUACGCGGUGGGGGUGAAGUGGCUACAUGACGUGCUAUUCGGUCUCCAGUUCUCCCCCGAGAGGGUCGCCGUCGUGGCAACCAAGAUGGUCAAUGAUGUCGCCAGGAUGAAGAGGGAAGGUCGUAUAGUUUCAAGGACACUUCUCAACCACGUUAUCUUCUCUCCUGGCUCCACCCCCAACACCAGUAACAUGGUGACUCAACUGAAGUUCCUUGAGAAGCAGCUGGCCAGACUCAAAGAUCCCGCCACUGCCAGCCUCGUGACCUCUGACCUCUGUCGUGUUCGCGACACCCUCACGUCGCCGGGCAACCUGAGGGUUUUCAUGGCAACCGACAUUGAUAAACUGAGCACACCCCUUCAGCCGUGGGAGAUUUUCAUGGGGAGAGCAAACUCUAAAAGCAGCUCACCUCCUCUGCCUCCUAUUCUCCCUCCGUCUCACUCUCUCUCCGCCACUGCCGCGGGGAAGACCCUCGUUGCCGGGGUGGGCGGAGUCGAAUCAAACUUCCUCAUCCAAUCAGUUCCCUGCGUGAGGUCACAUGACCACCCCGACUACCCGGCUAUCCUGGUCUUCAUCGAGUACCUCACUGCUCUCGAGGGCCCCCUGUGGCGGCAGGUCAGAGGUCAAGGUCUGGCGUACCACUACAACAUCUCGUGCUCCGUCUCCGAAGGUCUCCUCUGCCUCAGACUGUUCAGAGCCACUCAGGUCCUGCAGGCCUACAUCGUCGCCAGGAAGAUCCUGAGUGACCAUGUGGAUGGGAGUGUGGGUCUGGAGGAAGGUCAGUUGGAGGCAGCUGUGAGUGGAGUCAUCUACGAAGAGAUAGAGGAGUCCAAGACGGUAGCCGCUGCCGCAAACCAGGCUCUUCUGCACCACCUUCGUCGAGUCUCCUCCUCAUUCAGCAAAGAUCUGCUAGAUAAGGUAUCCAAGGUGACGAUCCCUGACCUCCAGAGGGUAGGGAAGCAAUACUUCAGUCUCCUAUUAGAGCCCACCACCACAAGUACUGCCAUCUGCUGUAAUCCCAGCAAAGUACCAGAGGUCAAGGCAGGGCUGGAGAAAAUUGGACACUCUGUGACUGUGGUUGAAGAUCUCGACUCGGUAUUAGCCAGCAAUUGAUCACCUGACUAUCAUGUGAUUGUCAUGUGACCAGACUUUGAGUAUCGCAUAUGUAAACUCCUGAAAUUGAAUAAGUUAUAAGAUUCUGUAUAGAGACAGAUGAAGGUUGAAAAGUGAUAAAAUCAAUAAUGACAGACUGUUGUUUUUUCCUAUUAUCAUUUGUGGACAAUAUACACUCCUUUGGGCGAGGACUGAAAACUAUAGAACCUACUGGUGAGAGGAAAACCGGUAAAAACCUGUUUGUGGAAGUGGCGGUGGACGACGUAAUUGACAGCUGGCAUGUUACAGUUGAGAUUUGGGGGUGUGGUGUCCAAGUACUGUGUUACUGUCUCCAGUAGAGCCGUCAUAAUGUGACGCGACCCCCCAAUUACUCCCGCAUUAAAGACGGUAUCUUGUGACAUCAGCCAAUGCAGCCGUCCGUGACGAAGGGUGUGGUUUCCAAAGCAACCCACCAAGCGCUCCGAUAUCCAUUGCUGGGUGCCCAUAUUUGGGAAUAUAUCAAUAUCGGUACCGAUGUAGAGCCUGUUGCCUAGCAACCGCAUGAAGUCGAAGGGGUUACGCAAGAAUCUGACGUCGGAUAUGUCAGUGAGGAGAACGUGGUCCAGGUCUGUGUGGGAAUGUAGGUAGGAGAGAUAGGCGUAGAAUCUCGCAUCGUUUGUUGUGCGGUUGAGUGGUGGGGCCACGUGCCUGAAACUGAUUCCGGGAUGGAACUGGGACACACGCUGCUGGAAUGCGGGAUCCAGCUCGUCAUGAAACACGACCGCUCUUAAUCCGAGGUCCCGUACCGAUACCAGCCAGUCCAGCAUGUACCUGGCACGGUUUGGAGACACACUCCUUGUUCUCUGGUAGUCCGGUGUACUGGUAAAGUAUGAUGUAAGGAUUACAUCAUGACCUGCAUCGCCACUGAUUUUUCCAUGAUAGGCUCUUACCCAGUGGAGGGUCUUUUUUAACCCUCUCUCCACCGGCUGUCGUGAGGAGAUAUUCAGAAGUGAGGGAACAUCGUGUACUGUGGGGUCCUCGGGGCAAGGGGAGAGGUCCAGCUGCGUACAAAAAGGACCUCUCUCCAGAACGGAAGAGACAGCAGUGGCAAUGUCGUUGAUGUACCAGCUGUUCUCCGGAGGAUCAAAGGUGGUUUGGAGUGCUGCCAGGGAGUGAUAGGUCCACGGUCCAUACACUGGUCCUGUUCUGAGGAUCGUGUACUGAGUGCCAUAGAUGUUGUGGUAGGCCAGGAGGGCUGCUUCCAGUGAAGUCAUGUGAGCCUGGACACCUGUCAUGUGACUGCCACUCGGCAGCGAGUGGGACACCAACAGAAACUCUGCACACUUCAGGCCUUCCAGCAGAGCCACCAGUGCAGUCAUCUGGCUUCCCCAGUGGGCGGAGUCGAGGGGCGGAGUCUCGCCGUGCUCCAGACCAGCUGGAACAAACACCACGUGAGACGGGUUCCACCCGAUGACUGUCGCCACGUGCGACGAAUUUGAAAAAUUUCGAAAUUCCACCUCCAGACCUGCAGAAGUGAGCUGGUCUCUGCGAUACCAGAGAAGAUUGUUUGUGGAUAUUGCUGUAUCUCGAGCCAGGCCGCGAACAGUCCAGUGAGAUCCUGUUAGCUGAUUGGCCAGCCAUGCACCCACAGAGUGUAGGACACCCACAAUGAGAACCGUUUUGAGUUUAGGUGGGCGACAAUGAAGGUGAGGAGGAGGAGGAGGAGGGG